ACGUUAAAUACCAACCGCACCGCACCAUUCACACUUAUGCACUACUUCUUCCAUUCCAAAGAAUUAUUCAAACUUCAACACCAAACAACAACUUAAUUUCUGCAAGCACUAGUCUAUGGAACCCGAAGCUUCAUCGUUUGAGACAAGUGAGAUAUUGGCAACAUUCGUGUCAUCAACGGCAGUUUUAGAAGCAACAUGGAGAUUUUGCAAUCGGGCCAACGCGACUCCCAACCAAGGUUUCGUGAUGGAACAAGUUGGGAAAAUUGGAUACGUUGGUUUUCCCAGCAUGGGAAAUAUGGAUUCUUAUUCUCAGUCAGGGGUUUUGACAUGUGUAGAAGAUAGUGAGAACAACCAGAUGUUUUCUCCUUUGCAACGCCAAAUCAAUGAAGGGGAAAAACCCAUCAUGGUCGAAGCUGCCUUCUUGCACCUUUUCUUAUCCAUCUACCCAACCUUCCGAACCCAGAUUGUGGCAUUAAUGGAGAGGAGCAAAUCAAUUGUGAUCACUGGUCAUUCCAUAGGGGGAACAACCGCUUCUCUUUCAACUCUCUGGCUCCUCUCCUAUCUUCAUUCCUUAAUUCAUUCUCCCUUUUCAGUACUCUGCAUCACCUUCGGCUCACCAAUGCUUGGAAAUGACUCCCUUUCCAAAGCCAUUCUUCGCCAGAGAUGGGAUGGUAACUUCUGCCAUGUCGUCUCCAAACUGGACAUUUUCCCAAGGUUGUUUUUUGUCCCUCCAUUUCAUAUUUCUCACUGCCUGCAACUUCUCCAGACUCUUUGGCACUUUUUUGAGACUUCUCCAGAGUUAGCAGCCCAGUUGCAUAAUGAAGAAAAGGUCACAAUGUUUCAAUAUGUGUUGGGUUGCUUGGAAAAGCUUGCACAAUGUGAAGGAGGGUCAAAUCACAGUUUGUUUUGGCCCUUUGGGAGCUUCUUUUUCUGCUCUGAAGAGGGGGCCAUAUGUAUGGAUAAUGCAGUUUCUGUCAUUAAAAUAAUGCAUUUGAUGCUUAUGGCAUCCGCUUCGCCUGAUUCUAGCAUCCAAGAUCAUCUCAAAUACGGAGAUUAUGUUGCAAGAGUUUCUUCUCAAUUCUUGAAGCAAAGAAGCUUUAUGGGAGGAGGUCUUCCUGAGUCUUGUUAUGAAGCUGGAGGUGCAUUGGCAUUGCAGUCUUUAGGCAUGGCUUCCCAGGAAUCAGUUGGAGUGGCAGUGAAAGACUGCCUGAAGAGGGAUAGGAAAAUGGUUCGCACACCAAACUUAAAUGUGGCUAAUCUGGCAAUAAAACUGUCAAAAAUCAACCCCUACAGGGCUCAAAUAGAAUGGUACAAGGCAAUUUGUGAUGAUUCCGAUGAUCAAAUGGGUUACUAUGACUCCUUCAAGCAACGAGGAAACUCUAGAAGAGACUCCAAAGUCAAUCUGAAUCGUAUGAUGCUUGGCAGUUUCUGGGAUAAUGUGAUUUCAAUGAUAGAAAGUAAUGAAGUGCCUCAUGAUUUCCAUACGCGAGCAAAGUGGGUUAAUGGUUCCCAAUCCUAUAAACUCCUUGUCGAACCUCUGGACAUUGCAGAAUACUAUCGAAAUGGGAUGCACCGUGUCAAGGGGCAUUACAUAACGCAUGGUAGAGAAAGGAGGUACAAGAUUUUUGAUAGGUGGUGGGAAGAGAGAAGGGUUACUGAUGCAGAGAACUACAGAAGGAGCACAUAUGCAAGCUUGACUCAGGAUACAUGCUUCUGGGCAAAGUUGGAGGAAGCCAGGGACUGGCUAGAUAGUGUUAGACGUGAGAGAGAUAAAGGGAGGCUAGAUUUGCUGUGGAACAAUAUCAAUGAUUUUGAAAGCUAUGCAGCUGGAUUGGUUGACAGUAAGCAGGUUUCUAAAGAUGUUUUGGCAAAGAAUUCUAGUUACACUUUGUGGUUGGGAAAAUUGACGGAACUGAAAUCAUGGUCGAUGCAAUUCUCUAUUUAAUUUCCUGUCUGUGCUAAUGUACUCUCUAGGAUAAGGGUGAAAAUCAGGCUUUGUAUUCUAUUUUCAACAACUUUGUGUUUGCAACUUUGGCACUGAUGGCUGGGAAUUAACUACACAAUUAGCUGCCUA